UGCACGACGCGCGGCGUGCUCAUUUCGAAGCAGACAACCGCAACAAGCGGACGGAUUUGCACGUUGUAAACGAAAACGCUCUCAACGGAAGAUCGUGAUAUCUCGACGUAUGCAGUUUUUGAAUUCGACAGCGCCAGUAACGCGAGCCGUAAAAGAAACUCAUUGUCCGCAGUACGCCGGUUGCACGAGUUCCUUGAGGACUUGAUAGAAUACGAGGGAAAAUUUCAAAUUCGAUUGUAAGUUCACCUCAAGUUUCACGUCAGUGACGCGUGCAGUGUUCGUUACGCUAAGACUUUUCUAAAAAGAGAAAUAGAAAGAUAGACGAACCUAUCCAAAUACAAGUUCCUACAGUAUUGGAAUUUUUACUGCGCGCCACAAGCCAACCUUCGCAUCAAUCAAGAUGGCCUUUAUGAUGCCCGUUGUGAAAAAUGAAUGGGAUAUUUACAAGACGAACCGCAGUCGACGCUCGUCGGAGUGUUCCAAUCCUCACACCUGCCGCAGUCGGAAGGUGUCCGAAUGCUCGAAAUCCGAAGGACCUUCCUUGUCCACGUCACCGGGUUCCGACUUUCUCACAUCGCCGGCUCACCGUUCGGUGCCUCUGACGUCCCGUCACUUUUCGAGAACUUCCUCCAGGGCAUCUCAGAGCUCACUCCAAAGUCCCAGCAAGAGUACCGGGUCUUCACCUCCGAAGACCGGAAGCUCCAACUCCUUGAACAAGUUUCACAAUAGACUAGUGGAUAAGCUGAAACGUUCUUUGAAGAAGGCAGAUGACAACUCGGAGGAUCAGCGAAAUCUGUCGUGAAGCACCCAAGGGGUUUUGGGCCGGCCACCCGUUUCCGGUUCGAAACCAAUCGAGAUCCGUCGCACCUCGGCACCUUCCGGUUCUGGAAUCAGUACCAAACUAGUGGCCCGCUCGUGUCCGGAUCCGGCAGCCUGGUAGAGAGAUACCAACGCGCAGACCCUUACGUUUUGUUUCGAGACUUGUUUCCGGAGGAACAUCCUGAUCCUUUGGAUCAUCUGGACGAAGAGAAGCGUUCGACAUUAGUCCUGAAACAUGGGAACGAUGGGACCCGGACUGUUCCAGAAGAAGACGUUCACCGGCUGUACAAGCACACGGUUUUUACGCUCUGUUCAAGAUGGUACAGGACUACACAUCGUUGGAUGCGAUGAUCCUUGCUACGGCAAGAUCAGGAAGAAGCUGCUGAGGAACAGAAGGUCAGUGUCGAGGAUACAACGGAGUAUCCUUCCGUUUCUCACUUCAGGCAGGAAGUCGCUGGUUCAGGAUUGUAUCGAGACAUGAGAUACGUCCUAAAUGCUAGUUCCUUCAAUCACCGUUGCACAUUAGACUCUUCUUGAGUAGUCAUGCUACACAUUUUCGCGCAACGUCGAUGACCUGUGGCAAUGAGAACGUAACUCGCAAACCCGAGUACACCAUAACAACUGACUAGAAAGUAGAAGAGGAAAAAAGAAAAAGAGAGCUAGAGAGAGGAAGGCAUAUCCCGUGUUAGGUCAAACUAUUCCAAGAGAUCUUGGGGCUCAGAUUAUUGCCACCGGAAGUCGCUUAUCUUUUCAUUUCGUAGCUUUAGAAAAACGCGCUUAUAAUAAAUUAAGAGCCACCUAUGUGCGCGAAUGACUGAGAGUGCGAAUCUAACUACUCGAGAGAAUGACAUCGCGAUAGAGAGACUCAGAUAAAACAAGAGCACGAGAGUGUUCGAUCGAUCAUAACGAACAGAAGCCUAAGAAAAGACUUAUUUUAAAAUACUUAUAUAUAUUAUAUAGUAUAUAUAUCAUGAAAAGUUACAUGAUUAGAGGUACGUACUAUUUGUUCUGAAUGACAUUGCUUGUAGCACUUUUACGUAGUGAAUUAUUCGCUGCUUAAGUUUCGGCGGUAAAAAAGAUCCGAUCUCAAUAAUACAACAAUUUUUCGUCCUAGUGAUUAACACUGUAUCUUUGGAGCGUAUACCUUCUAUCUAUCUAUUACAUCGUAUAGCUGAUUUACUAUCGAUUCAGUGAAUCCAAUGAAAUCCUGAUUGCUGUUAGUAAUCGGUUCAAUCAAAUUUUUCUUUUUGGAGAAGAUUAAAAGUUUUCGUAAUUCAUCUGACGUAAAUAGCGAUAGUACUAUUAGCACGUGGUGACUACGUGAUUGGCACGACUUAACGAAGGAUCAUUUUAGCGCUGGGACUUGCGCAAGACACUCCUCCCUAAUGGCGGUUGAUCUUUGUCAAGAUUUUCUUGAAAGAUUAUUAUUGUCGUAUGUUUUUAUUUUCUAACGAGGCAUCGAAACAGCCACAUUACCUCGUGAUUGAUAAUAUGUUUGAACGUUUGAUUCGAUCGAUUCGAAGGACUUAAAAAAUACUCGAUUUGAACGGAAGAAGGAAAAGAAUAUCGCGAAAAAAUGCAGUUCGAAGAUCUUCGAAAUCUCUCGUGUGUUUCGGGAGAGAAGAAAACGAUAUUUUGUACUAAUGUUUAGAAGCUCAAGAAAAGCCGUGCAUUGCUCGGCGUGCAUGCGCAGAUAUGUGCGCAGGUGCACGGGAGUUUAGGCAAAAUUCCAUUUCUCGAAACGUGAACUUCAUUUAUAUAGUUACACGCCUUGAUAUUAUAAUCCGUGCGAACGGCACGAAAUCGGCUGGCUUUGCUUGAUCGUAGAAUCUUGAUUUGGUUUUUUUUUCUUUUUUUUCUGAAAUUUACGAACUGGGAGCAAUUUAAUGAUACCGCGUGUAACUCUGUGAUACCGUAACCUAUAAGAUAGAAUUAUUUUGCAACGAUUCGAGAAAAAUAAAAAUUCGAAGUGAGUUACCCCUUUCGCGACUUACGUCAACGCGUCGCGAAUAAGGGAUGUCAGACGUCGCUCACGAUUUCAAUUUACAUUUUCUAUUCGAGUAAUAUUUCAAAAUUCAAUUUUGAGCGACCUCAUUGUCGGAAGAGUUAAGUAAAAAUUUGCCCGAGUCGAAAAGGUCCUCGCGUAUAGAUAAUAUCCGUAGAUACGUGCGCUCUCCAAGAAUGAUUAAGUCUUUUUCGAAAUCGUUGCCCGAAAUUUGACAUAAGCAGUGAAGCCGUUUUGACGUACCUAUGUACAAAGAUAAAAUCUGCGGAAAAUUUUGAAAAUUGCCUACAUGUCACGCACUUACCGGUGAUUCGCUUCAUCGGGUGUAUAUGGCGCGUGUACCGAAAUAUUUCCAAAAGUUGCCGCUUCUCGUAAAAGACUGCUUAAAGAAAAAGUAUCGAUUGGGUGUUAUAUCGUGGUGCUGCGCGAAAUAUCGGGACGAAUUCAUGGCACGAAUAACAUUAAUUUUCAUCUGGAAGAAAUUUUGAUACGUUCCUUGAAAAAUUGUCCCGUAUUUCGCCCAACGAUUUGUACUGAUAAUGCGGUGUUACUAGAGAUUAGAGAUUGAUGAGAUACGAUCUAUUUAUUGUAGCGAUCGAAGAUUGUAGAAUAAAACGGGUCUAGACGCUCUUUAUUCUCUAUAAAAAAGAAUAUAAAUCAUAUUAAAUAUAUACAUAUAUAGGUAUAUAUAUGCAUCGAUAUUCUAUACGUACAGACGAUAAAACCCACUUUUUCUUUUACCUAUGAUUUUCAAAAUUGAGACUCUGGGAAACUGUUGUGGCGCUAGAACCCAUUUCAUUUUUCAGUCGUGGAUCGCACGGUUACAAGUAUAUAAUUUAUUCAGAUGGUUUAAACUGUUUUUUUUUCCUUCUUUAUUUUACUUUGUCCUAUUUCGAUACUGUAAUAUAUACCUAUUUCCGGACGCUUUGGGCUGAUUUUUGAAGCAUGGCUGAGGAGAAAUAACGAUAACGUUACAAGAUCGAUCAAUUGUCAUAUUUUCACAUGACUUAUGUAAAACGUCCUCAACUGUAAAACAACAGUCGAAAUAAUUAAUUGCCAAUUUUUAAUGAUAGCGUUAAUUUACACAUUUUUUUUAAUCGUCUGAUUACAUUCUCCUCAUCCAUUGCGAUUGAACGUCACUGCCAAAAGCCCAGAAACAAAUACUUGGCAAAGUUUAAAAAGCUCUUAAUUGCAUGCUUUUUGGACUUGCCUUUAUCCUCCUACAACUAAACUUUUCGUAAUUAUUUAUUAUUUUCAACGAACAGCAGCUUUCGUUUAAAAAAAAAACUCAUACCCCUUACUGGUCUUGACCCAGGGACUAAUAAAUAAUGUCCACGUAUGGACGAAAUGUUAAAGUAUUUAAAAAUAUAAAAUGAAAAUUUUUAGUCAAAAAUUAUACCUGCAGUAUUCGGGAUUAGCAAAUUAUAUUAUCAGUCUAGAUAAUUAUUGAGGACUUGAAAAAUUGUAUUGAAUUUGGCGUUAACUGAGAUUGGCGAAUUUCGCGAAGCUCCAGCGGUUAAGCGAGUAAGGUGGUUGAGCGUACAUUCCAUGCGUAUAAAUAUACAUAUAUGUAUAAAAUAACCUGUUAGCGUUUGAUAAGAAGUUCACACGAGAUAUACUUAAAAGUAACGAACGAAUAAUAUAUCUAAAGUUUUGAAAGCUUACAAUAGACCUCGGUUUAUAGUUAUUAUGUAUCGCGAUUUUUAUGUCAUGUUCAAUAAAUGAGUUUCAGACUGCAAAA